UUCCUCGUUUUUGCACUUUCUUAUGCCGUUCCUUAGGAAUACCUUGUGAUGACUUGAGCUAUAGUGUUUGCAGGGAUAGGAGUAACUACUUGAAGAAAUACGUUCUGAACGAUAUUCCUUCUUGCUCAGAUCUCCUCACUUCAGACAACCUCUUAGCGUUCUCAUCACUCGGCUACAACAUGAGCAGACUUCAGAUUCCUUCUUUUGGCAGGAAGAAAAAUACUCCCCCAGCCACUCCUACUGCUGGGGCGACCUCCUCUCCAGCGUCAGCUUCUUCCUCAGCCACCAUCUCUGACACUGUCCCGAGCACAGUGGCUAUUAACCCUGUUGCCAGCGCCCCUGCUGCCAGCCAGAGCGCGUCUCCCCAAGCUACCAUAGCUCCUGCUGCUGCGGGGGGCGUUCGGGACAAAGAACGAGGCAAAAGGCCUCAUCCUGACAGUGAAGUCGAUCCUGAGGAGGAGCCUCUCAUUAGAAGGACCCGGGUCUCCGGGCCGGGUGCUCUCUUGCACCGAGCGAUCAGAGCUCCUGCUCCCUCUGGGCCUGCUGCAGCUGGUGGCUCCGCUUCUGCUUCAGGCCCCCCUUCUAUCCCCACCUUACCGCCAUGGGCCCCUCGGUACACCCGAACGGAUGGGACGUUCGUGAAACCGAACGAGACCAUGCUGAAGGAUGGCCAGACCGCUAUGGCCUACUACAGGAGCAUGUGGACUCCGAAGGACCUUGAGGCGGCAAAGGGCCUUUCCCAGAAGGAUGUGUUCAGCCGCUUUCCCCAAUCUGCUAUGGAGACAUUGUUCGGAAUGAUGGCCAUGCAGAAGCAGGUGGAGAUGGGGAACACUGGGGCUACAGAAAAGAAGGGACAGCUCCAAUUUCGCUCGUAUUUAUCUAGGGCAACAGAGAGAGAGAGAAGAGAAUGGUGGCAACGGAAACAGAAGAGACCGGCCACCAGCGACAAAAAGUUAAUCUCUUCCUCAUCGUUGUCUCUCCGAUUCGUUGCCGGGUCACCAUCAAUCCAUUGCUCUUCCUCAUUGUUGUUAGACUCAUUUUGUCCCUCAUCGUUGUCCCUCCGAUUCGUCGCUGGGUCACCGUCAAUCCAUUGCUCUUCCUCAUUGUUGUUAGACUCAUUUUGUCCCUCAUCGUUGUCCCUCCGAUUCGUCGCUGGGUCACCAUCAAUCCAUUGCUGA